AUGGCGCGGGCGCCGGGCGCGCGGGGCCGGGCGGCGCGGGGCGGGCGGUGCCGGCGGGGCGCGCUGGUGGCCUUCGCCGCGUGGACCGCGGGCUGGGUGCUGGCGGCCGCGCUGCUGCUCCGCGCGCACCCGAGCGUCCUCUCCGAGCGCUGCUCGGACGACAAGAGCCGACGCAUCCUGGCCGCGCUGUGCCAGGACUACAGUGACGGGCGGCUCACGGGGACCCUGUGUGAGGACCUGUGCGUGGCCGGGGAGCUGCUGUACCAGUGCUGUCUGUACUACGAGCGAGGCAAGAAAGUGCUGCAGGCCCGGUGGCGUGGCCGGCCUGUGGUCCUCAAGUCCAAGAGGGAGGCUUUCUCCAGCUUCCCACCCCUCGGUCUGCUGGAGGAGGAAGUGGGGCCAGGCUCUCAGGGUGUCCCCAAAGCCGAGCUGCUCCUGUUGGUGGCUGGGGAGGUCAAGAACAUACUAGGCCUGGAGCUGCCCAACAGCAGCAUGGGACCCCUGUGGCCAGCCCAGCAGGGCCCCGGCUGGAGGCGACAGCUGGCCAGUGCGUGGACGCUGGUCCAGCAGGAGGAGUAUGUGUACUUCAGCCUGCUGCCCGAUCUGAGCCCACACAUCCUGCCCGUGCUGGGCUCCUGUGGCCACUUCUAUGCGGUGGAGUACCUGGCUGCGGGCAACCCUCACCACAGAACCCUUUUCCCCCUGGACGAGGCCACCCCCAGGGCUGGCCAGGCCAAGGCCACCAGCCACAUCGCCCUCAGCUUCCUGGACAUGGUGAGCCAUUUUGACAAUGACUUCUCCCACCGCCUCCACCUCUGUGACAUCAAGCCUGAAAACUUUGCCAUCCGGAGGGACUUCACGGUGGUGGCUAUCGAUGUGGACAUGGCCUUUUUUGAACCUAAAAUGAGGGAAAUCCUCGAGCAAAACUGCACAGGAGAUGAAGACUGCAACUUCUUUGACUGUUUUUCGAGGUGUGAUUUGCGAGUGAACAAGUGUGGAGCGCAGCGCGUUAACAGCAACCUGCAGGUCAUCUGCGACAAAAUAUUUAGACGCUGGUUCUCCUCAACUCUCAAGAGCCCCGCGGUCUCCCUCCAGCUGCAGCGGCAGCUGCAGCAGGCGGUCCAGGAGUGUGCAGACUCAGGAGGCCCCUGGAGGAAAUCUUGGAGGGCCACCCCCAGCGUGUUCUGGAAGCUUCGAUGGCUCCUUCAGGCUACACUGAGAGAGCUGCAGGAAGUGGAGAAGUCACCACUCCUUGGCCAAGAACAUCUUGCACAGGGAAAGUGACCUUGGAGGGAUUACAAGAGAGGGGAUGUUGUUGUGCAAAUGAAUCACCUCUGAGAUGC